AUGGCUACCAUCCUCGCCCCAUACAACACGGCCAUGCGCCUGGGAACCGGCUUCAACUCCUUCACCCAGCAGCUCUGUAUCGAUCAUGCAGUUGUUCGUGAUGAGAAUGCCGAAAAGCCCUUGGAUAUUACCCUCCUUGAGAAGGAUAUCCCACAGGAGGUGACCUACAAGACUUCAAUCGUUGAUAAGGUCACUGAUGUGACCAGCGCUAUGAAUAUUAGCGCCGCCUUCCUCAUCAAGUAUGAUAACUUCGAUGCUAAAGGAAAGGGUGACUUCUUGAACACCUCCAAAGUCAAGGAAAGCGACGUUAGCUUUAUGAUCUCCGUCAAAGUUGUAAACCAGGUUAUUCAGGAUCAUUCUUUGACCAAGUUCAGCCCAAUCAGCGGGCUCAAGGGCCAAAACUUUGCUGAGGUCUAUGGAGAUUCUUUCAUUUCCGGCUUCCAAUAUGGCGGCGAGUUUACUGCUGUUAUAUCCGUCAAGGCCUCAGAUAAGGUGGAUUCUGAGGAUGUCAAGGCUAAGGCCCGAAUCCUCUUCACCAAAGACAAGCUUGACUUGAACAUCAAUGGCAAAUUCGACAAGGAGAGCUCAAGUUUCCUCACCGAGAACGAAACCACCAUUUCUGUUACUUAUACCGGUGGUGGCCAGCAUCUAAAAGAGCGCGACGAGGAUUGGACUUUCGAGACCAUGAAGGCUGCUGCCCUGAAGUUCCCCCACCUGGUAGCUCAAACCCCUAUGCGAACGCACGCCAUUCUGACGAAGUACUCCUCGCUGCGCAGCUACUAUGCUGCUAACGUACCCACCAGUCUACCCAGCUUUGAACAUGCUGGUGUCUACACCGCCCUUCUGCAGGAGGCCUACCUGGACUACAAGACCAUUGCCAAAAACCUCCAAGUCCUUGCCUACGAUGUGUCCUCUGGGGAUCAAGUCCUCUUGGCUCCACGAGCUGCAAAUGAGAGCCAGGAAAGCACCUACAAGCAUUCAACGGCUAGCAGUCCCAACAGCAUGGUACCUGUCGCCAACCCGAAUCCGCCGUCUAAGGACGGUUAUACUAUGACCCCGUUGAUCGUGAAGACCCCGUAUCCUCCGACCCUACAGGGAAUUGAAGAUGCCAGAUCUCUGGUGCGCUUAAUGUUGAACCGCAUUGUCCAGGAGGUUGACCUAAUUUCACGUAUGCCUGAGCUGGCAGCUCGUGAAGAUAGGGAGCUACCUUACAUGAGCCCCUUCUUGUUCAAGGAAUACUUGCCCAUCGGCGAACCGAAGCCUUCUAUUGUGGACGCUACGGGCCCAGCGGAUAGCAUUCCCUCCCUGAACCAGCAGAUCUCGGGCGGCAAGAUAUUUGCCUAG